ACAAGAGGAGCCGAACCACCUCCAACCCGCAAUGGACCCAGACGUUUUGCAAAUCGCCGAACCGUAAAAGGGACUAAAUUGGUAAGCUCCCGUCGCAUUAGCCUAGAAUUGGCAUCAAAUCCCAACCCACCCGACAUCCAGAGCCGCCCGAUGUGCUGCCGCCUCGAGCUCCUCGGAACCCUCAUCCUCUUCUUCCAAACACUCAACAACCGCCGCGCCCAGAAGAGGGCCGCCCGCGUUAAGCAAGCGGCCAAGAAGCGCCCACCCAAGAUCGCCCACCUCCAAUAUUGAUAUACCGAUACGAUACCAUGCUCCACGAAAUCCUCCUCUCCCUCUCCGGCCACCCCUCCCCACUCCUCCGCUCCGCCUCCUCGAACCCCCACGACGACAACGCCGACAACAACACCAGCGAGACCAACCCCGCCAACGCCCUCACCCCACCCGAACGCGCCCUGCUCGCCUCCCUCGCCCACCUCAGCGACCUGCACAUCCAGCUGCUGACCUCGACGGCGCACAUCGCCGCCGCCCACCCGUCGGUCAUCUGCCGCGCGGUCGCGUCCGCCACCGACGCCCUGCACCUCGCGGCCUUCCGGCGCAAGGUGCUCGCCGUCGAGCAGACGGUCCUGCGCGGCGACGCCGCCCUCGUCGGCGCCUACAACGUCGUUCCGCUGACGGCGGUCGUGGCCGAGUUUGCGGGCUGGGCGCGCCGGCUGGAAUGGCUGGCGCGCGUGGUCGAGGUGAUGGGGGAGGGCUGUACCGGGGCGCGGGUGAUGGAUUUUCUGAGGGGGGAGUUGCAGACCGGGUAUAGGGACGUGGAGGAGGCGGCGCGCAGUCUGGUGGGCGUGGCGGAGGCGGCGUGGGUCAAGCAGGUGUCGGCGUGGGUGCUGUACGGGCGCGUGCCGGGGUUUGGGGAGGGGGACUUUUUUGUGCGGCGGGUGGAGGGCCAGGAGGGGCGGGAGGAGUUUGGUUGUGAGAUGGCGCUGCUGCCGCGGUUCGUGACGGCCGCGACCGCCGCGUCGAUGGUGUUUAUUGGGCGGUCGCUCAACCAGAUCCGUGCUAAGAGCGUGGGGGAUUACAGCUUGAGGGGGAAUGACCACCUCUCGACGCAGCUUACGAGGCUGGCGGCGCUGAGGCAUCCGAUCGAUUCGGCUACGUUUGCGAGGACGAUUGCGGAUAUAAGGAAUUACUUGUCUAGGACGAUAUUGCAGCGGUUGUUGCCGUUGAGCAGGGUGUUGGAGACGUUGCAGCUGCUGCGCGACUUCUUCCUGCUUCGCCGCGGGGAGUUUGCCAUGGCGCUCACACAGCAGGCGGAUGAGAAGAUUAGGAGCCGGUGGAAGCGGGCGGAGAACCUUGCGUACCAGAAGCGCGAUGGACUAGGCAAUGUCACUGUGAAAGAGGGGGAGGUGGCGGCCGUCCUGGCGAGGACAUGGGCUGCGAUGGGAUCCAUGCAGGGCGACCAUGCGGAAGAAGAUGAGGGGCUGGAGUUGGCUCGAGACCUACUACGGUUAUCAAUGGCCAAGUCCAGAACCGCCACGCCCAUGACGCCCGUCCUCCCCGAAGGGGAGAUGCCAGUCAUAGCGCCGACACCAUUCCGGAACCUCCUUUUCUCAGUACCUGUCGUGCUCACAUUACAGAUACCGUCCCCGCUGGAUCUCUUCCUCAGCCAGUCGGAUCUCCAAACCUACACUGCAAUCAACUCAUACCUCCUUUCUCUGCGGAGAGCUCAUAUCCGCCUCACAGACUUGUGGAAAAUCACAUCCCUCCGGCGACACCAUCCCGCACCCCCCGCGCCACCAUACGGAAGCACGCGUGGCGGGAGGGAAAGGGUCCUACUCUUCCGUCAGCGGCAUGCCGCACGGUCGGGCAUCCUGCGCAACGCCUGGGCUACCGCCAGUGCAGCGAUCUUCUUCCUUGGCGAAAUCGAGGGAUACCUUCAAAUGGAAGUUGUCGCAGGGUUAUCAGACGGUUUCCACCGGUGGUUAACCACGGGCAAGGACGAGCAACGGCACGACGACGACGCACCCAAACAAGCCCCCACCGCCGCGGGUCCCCCGCAGGAUGAAGACGUCAACAUGCUCGACGACGACCUCUGGCUCGCAGAGUCCACCACCUCCUCCCCUCCCCCAUCCGCCUCGCCAACCGACCACCAAACACGCUCUCUCCAUGACCCACAGACCCUCGCCACCGCCCACCGCCUCUACCUCCGCGCCCUGAUCCACCGCCUCUUGCUCACCCAGCAAUCCUUCACCGACCCGCUCUACGAGCUCCUCGUGCAGAUCGACCACCUCGUCGCCCUCGUCCACCGGCUGCACUCCGUCUGGGCGGCGGCCGACCUCGAGGCCGACGCGGGCGUCGUCGAUGCCUUUGUGGACCUCGAGCGGGAGGAGCGGGAUGUGCAGGGGGAGAUCCGCGGCGUGGAGGACAGGGUUAAGCGGGGCGUGGAGGGCCUGAUUGGGGAGUUGAGGCGGUUGGAGGGUAGUGCGGUCCUGCAGGGUGCGGGGGAGCUUGGGGAGGGGGUUGAGGGCGAGGAGGAGGGCGAGGUGUUGAUGAGGGAGAGGGGGGAGUAUGUGCCGAGACGGGUUGGGGGUAUUGAUAGGUUGUUGAUGAAGCUGGAUUUUGGGAGUUGGUUUGGGAGCGGCGAAGGCGAAGGGGCCGCGGAUGUGACGGGGGAGGAUGUGCGGUUUUAG